AUGACUACCAUUGAUGAUCCAGUUCAAAUGGCUUUAGCCAGAGAAGCUGUCCGACCUAAUUUGGUCAAACAGACAAUGUUAUCUGGACAUUUAGCAUCUUCAUUCGGACUUCGGAUGGCUCUUUCAGUAGAAAUGCCAUUAGUCGCUAAACGAGCAGGAUAUCAAGGAUUAUUAAUGAAUGUCGAACAUACUGCUAUAAAUAUAGAAACCAUGAGUUAUAUAUCUACCAGCUGUUUGAACGUGGGAAUUUCACCUAUAGUAGUCGUUCCUACCUGUUCUCCCGAAUGGAUUUCAAGAGUAUUGGAUUCAGGCGCUCAAUGUGUUAUUGUACCUCAUGUGAAUAACAAGGAAGAAGCUAAAAUAUGCGUUGAGUCAAGCAAAUUCCCUCCCAUCGGUAAAAGAUCAAUAACGAUGGUGACGCCUCAAACUCAAUACACGACAGGUAUAAAUCCAAGAGUUUUAGCUAAUGUUGCCAAUGAAGAGAUUAUGGUUAUACCUAUGAUCGAGACUGUCCAAGGUAUUGACAAUAUCAAGGAAAUAGCGGGUAUGCAAGGAAUAGAUUGUCUGUUAAUUGGAUGUGCGGAUUUAUCAGUAGAACUUGAUUGUCCACAGGAAUAUGAUAAUCCGAUAUUCAUGUCUGCUAUAACCAAGAUCGUGGAGGCAGCUGAAGAAGCUGGGAUAUACGUUGGAUUAGGUGGAUUAGAACCUUUUCCACAUAAAAUAGAAGAGAUAGUGAUGAAAUAUAACAAUGUAAGAUACGUCAUGGCAGGAAGGGAUAUAUCAUUCCUUCAAGCUGGUAUGAAGAAUCAAAUCGCUUCGUUGAGCGAGCUAGAUGUUAAACUCCAAUCAUGA